AUGGAGGAGCUGCCUGCAAUGACUGUGGAGGCCUCUGUCCAUGUCAACCAUGGAGGAACCGUCCACUCCAACCAUGGAGAGAUCCCCUCAGUGACCCUGCGCGUUGUCGCCCGCGGCCACACGUCCUUCCAGGUGGCCUGGUCACAGCCACAUGAGCCCGUGGACGGCUACCAGGUGGCCAUCGUCCCCAUGGACGAGGCGGAGGUCGUGACGAUGCAUGACCUGCCCGGUGAGGCCGGCACCUUCGAGGCGACGGGGCUGGUGCCUGGUGGCACCUACGAGGUGUCGGUGCAGGUGCGACGGGAGCAGCACCCCGGGGCGCCCAGCACCCUGCGCCUCCGCACCCGGUCAGAUGAUGGCAGGGAACCUCCUCCAGACGAGGGCCACCAAUAUGAGAUGGAGGUGCCAGAGGGGACUGAGCCCCAUAGCACCGUGGCCGAAGCAGCCCCUGCUCCAUCACAAGAGGAACCUCCAUCCCAGCCUGACCUGGGUGACCUCACAGUCUCCCACGUCACCCCCAACUCCAUCCAACUUGACUGGACUGUUCCCGAGGGCACCUUUGACUCCUUCACGGUGCAGUACAAGGAUGCCCAAGGGCAGCCUCAGGUGGUGCCUGUGGAUGGCGAGUCCCGCACUGUGACCGUGUCCGACCUGAUGCCCUCCCGACGCUACAAGUUCAACCUGUAUGGGCUGUGGGGACGGAAGCGUCUAGGUCCCAUCUCUACUGAUGCUGUCACAGCACCACCAGUAGAAGAAGAACCUCCAUCCCGUCCCCGCUUGGGUGACCUCACGGCCUCCAAUGUCACACCGACCUCCAUCCAACUCGACUGGACCGUCCUCGAGGGCUCCUUCGACUCCUUCACGGUGCAGUACAAGGACGCUCAAGGCCAACCCCAAGCCAUGGCUGUCGAUGGCGGGUCCCGCACGGUGACCGUGCCCAACCUGGUGCCCUCCCGUCGCUACAAGUUCAAUCUCUACGGGGUGUGGGGGCGGAAACGUAUCGGUCUGAUCUCUACUGAAGCUGUCACAGCCCCAUCACCACCACGGGAGGAACCUUCAUCAAGGCCUGAACUGGGUGACCUCACAGCCUCCCACGUCACUCCAACAUCCAUCCAACUCGAAUGGACGGUCCCCAAGGGCACCUUUGACUCCUUCACGAUGCAGUACAAGGAUGCACAAGGGCAGCCCCAGGUGGUGCCUGUGGACGGCGAGUCCCGCACGGUGACCGUGCCCGACCUGGUGCCCUCCCGACGCUACAAAUUCAAUCUCUAUGGGGUGUGGGGGCGGAAGCGUCUGGGUCCCAUCUCUACUGAUGCUGUCACAGCCCCAGCCCCACCAGAGGAGGAGGAGGAGGAGGAGGAACCACCAUCCCCGCCCCAGCUGGGCGACCUCACGGCCUCCCACAUCACCCCCAACUCCAUCCAACUUGACUGGACCGUCCCCGAGGGCACCUUUGACUCCUUCACGGUGCAGUACAAGGAUGCUGAAGGGCAGCCCCAGGUGAUACCUGUGGAUGGCGAGUCCCGCACGGUGACUGUGCCCGACCUGGUGCCCUCCCGACGCUACAAGUUCAACCUUUACGGGAUGUGGGGACGGAAGCGUCUGGGUCCCAUCUCUACUGACGCUGUCACAGCCCCGGCCAUGGAGAAGGAGAAGCCGCCAUCCCAGCCCCUCCUCGAUGAACUCACAGUCUCUCACGUCACCCCAACCUCCGUCCAGCUUGACUGGACUGUGCCCGAGGGCACCUUUGACUCCUUCAUGGUGCAGUACAAGGACACACAAGGGCAGUCCCAAGUGCUUGUUGUUGACAGUGGGUCCCGCACGAUGACUGUGUCCCACCUGGAGCCAUCCCAUCACUACAAGUUCAACCUGUACGGGAUAUGGGGACGGAAGCGUCUAGGUCCCAUCUCCACUGAUGCCAUCACAGCUUCCCCAGAACCACCUAAGGAGGAACCUCCAUCCCGGCCCCAAAUGGGCGACCUCACAGCCUCCCACAUCACCUCCAAUUCCAUCCAACUUGACUGGACCGUUCCCGAGGGCACCUUUGACUCCUUCACGGUGCAGUACAAGGAUGCCCAAGGGCAGCCCCAGGUGGUGCCUGUGGACGGCGAGUCCCGCACAGUGACCGUGUCCGACCUGGUGCCCUCCCGACGCUACAAGUUCAACCUGUACGGGUUGUGGGGACGGAAACGCCUGGGCCCCAUCUCUACUGAUGCCGUCACAGCCCCAGCCCCACCAGGUGACCUCACGGCCUCCCAUGUCACCCCGAACUCCAUCCAACUUGACUGGACUGUCCCCGAGGGCACCUUUGACUCCUUCACGGUGCAGUACAAGGAUGCCCAAGGGCAGCCUCAGGUGUUGCCUGUGGAUGGCGAGUCCCGCACUGUGACUGUGCCCAACCUGGUGCCCUCCCGACGCUACAAGUUCAACCUGUACGGGUUGUGGGGACGGAAACGCUUGGGCCCCAUCUCUACUGAUGCUGUCACAGAGGAAGAGGAGAAAACUCCAUCCCCACCCCAACUGGGCGACCUCACGGCCUCCCAUGUCACCUCCAACUCCAUCCAACUUGACUGGACCGUUCCCGAGGGCACCUUUGACUCCUUCAUGGUGCAGUACAAGGAUGCCCAAGGGCAGCCUCAGGUGGUGCCCGUGGACGGGGAGUCCCACACUGUGACCGUGUCCGACCUGAUGCCCUCCCGACGCUACAAGUUCAACCUGUACGGAAUGUGGAAGAGGAAACGCCUGGGUCCUAUCUCUACUGAUGCCAUCACAGCCGCAGCACCACGUGAGGUGGUGGAACCGCCCUCCCAGCCACAACUGGGCGAGCUCACGGCCUCCCACGUCACCCCCAACUCCAUCCAACUUGACUGGACCGUCCCCGAGGGCACCUUUGACUCCUUCACGGUGCAGUACAAGGAUGCCCAAGGGCAGCCUCAGGUGGUACCCACGGAUGGCGAGUCCCGCGCAGUGACUGUGCCCGACCUGAUGCCCUCCCGACGCUACAAAUUCAAUCUCUAUGGGGUGUGGGGGCGGAAGCGUCUGGGGCCCCUCUCUACUGAUGCUGUCACACGUCUGAUGCCAUCACAGGUGGUACCCGUGGAUGGCGAGUCCCACACAGUGACCGUGCCCAACCUGGUGCCAUCCCGACGCUACAAGUUCAACCUGUACGGGCUGUGGGGACGGAAACGCUUGGGCCCCAUCUCCACUGAUGCCGUCACAGCCCCAGCCCCACCAGAGGAGGAGGAGGAAACUCCAUCCCCUCCCCAAAUGGGCAUCCUCACAGCCUCCCACAUCACCCCCAACUCCAUCCAACUUGAAUGGACGGUCCCCGAGGGCACCUUUGACUCCUUCACGGUGCAGUACAAGGACGCCCAAGGGCAGCCCCAGGUGAUGCCUGUGGAUGGUGAGUCCCGCAUGGUGACUGUGCCCGACCUGGUGCCCUCCCGACGCUACAAGUUCAACCUGUAUGGGAUGUGGAAGAGGAAACGCUUGGGUCCCAUCUCCACUGACGCUGUCACAGCCCCAGCACCGCGUGAGGAGGUGGAACCGCCAUCCCGACCCCAAUUGGGCGACCUCACGACCUCCCACAUCACCCCCAACUCCAUCAAGCUUGAAUGGACGGUCCCCGAGGGCACCUUUGACUCCUUCACGGUGCAGUACAAGGAUGCCCAAGGGCAGCCCCAGGUGAUGCCUGUGGAUGGUGAGUCCCGCACGGUGACCGUGCCCAACCUGAUGCCCUCCCGACGCUACAAGUUCAACCUGUACGGGGUGUGGAAGAGGAAACGCCUGGGUCCCAUCUCCACUGACGCUGUCACAGGUGAGGGUGGCUGCAAACAUUGACCCCUGUGGCCAUGACCCAUCCUGGUCCGUUUGGGUCAUCUUGGAAAUGGGAACAUGUCCUGGGUGCUGAAUUGGGUGAGAUGGGGGGGUGGAUGAAUGCAAGGAUGGAGAGAAGGCUGAGUGGAUGGAUGUAGGGAUGGAGGGAUGGAGGGUGGGUGGAUGGACAAAGAGGAGGAGUAAGGGGGGGAUGGAUGUUGGGCACAGAUGAUCCUUCUGCACUGUGACUUGUCCAUGACAGCCCCAGCACCGCGUGAGGAGGUGGAACCGCCAUCCCGACCCCAACUGGGCGACCUCACGACCUCCCACAUCACCCCCAACUCCAUCCAGCUUGACUGGACUGUCCCCGAGGGCACCUUUGACUCCUUCACGGUGCAGUACAAGGAUGCCCAAGGGCAACCCCAGGUGGUUCCCGUGAAUGGCCAGUCUCGCACCGUGACCGUGCCCGACCUUGUGCCCUCUCGACGCUACAAGUUCAACCUGUACGGGAUGUGGAAGAGGAAACGCUUGGGUCCCAUCUCCACUGAUGCCAUCACAGCCCCAGCCCCACCAGAGGAGGAGGAGGAAACUCCAUCCCCUCCCCAAAUGGGCAUCCUCACAGCCUCCCACAUCACCCCCAACUCCAUCCAACUUGAAUGGACGGUCCCCGAGGGCACCUUUGACUCCUUCACGGUGCAGUACAAGGAUGCCCAAGGGCAGCCCCAGGUGGUGCCUGUGGAUGGCGAGUCCCGCACGGUGACCGUUUCCGACCUGAUGCCCUCCCGACGCUACAAGUUCAACUUGUACGGGCUGUGGGGACGGAAACGCUUGGGUCCCAUCUCUACUGAUGCUGUCACAGCCCCACAAGAGGAGGAGGAGGAGGAACCUCCACCCCAACCCCAACUGGGCGACCUCACAGCCUCCCACGUCACCCCCAACUCCAUCCAGCUUGACUGGACUGUCCCCGAGGGCACCUUUGAUUCCUUCAUGGUGCAGUACAAGGAUGCCCAAGGGCAGCCCCAGGUGGUGCCCGUGGAUGGCGAAUCCCGCAUGGUGACCGUGUCCGAUCUGAUGCCCUCCCGACGCUACAAGUUCAAUCUCUAUGGGGUGUGGGGGCGGAAGCGUCUGGGCCCCAUCUCUACUGAUGCCAUCACAGCCCCAGCCCCACCAGAGGAGGAGGAGGAACCUCCGUCUCAGCCCCAACUCGGUGACCUUACAGCCUCUGACAUCACACCAAGCUCCGUCCAGCUCCAAUGGACCGUCCCUGAGGGCACCUUUGACUCCUUCACGGGGCAGUACAAGGACGCCCAAGGGCAGCCCCAGGUGGUACCCGUGGAUGGCGAGUCCCGCGCAGUGACCGUGCCCGACCUGGUGCCCUCCCGACGCUACAAGUUCAAUCUCUAUGGGGUAUGGGGACGGAAACGCUUGGGUCCCAUCUCCACUGAUGCCGUCACAGUUCCAUCAGAGGAAGAACCUCCAUCCCCGCCCCACCUGGGUGAGCUCACGGCCUCCCACAUCACCCCCAACUCCAUCCAACUUGACUGGACUGUCCCCGAGGGCACCUUUGACUCCUUCACGGUGCAGUACAAGGACGCCCAAGGGCAGCCUCAGGUGGUGCCCGUGGAUGGCGAAUCCCGCACGGUGACUGUGCCCAACCUGGGCGCGGUGCCUGUCCCCACCCUGGUCCCCCCCCGACGCUACAAGUUCAACCUGUAUGGGUUAUGGGGACGGAAACGCUUGGGCCCCAUCUCCACUGAUGCUGUCACAGAGGAGGAGGAGGAGGAACCACCAUCCCCACCCCAACUGGGUGACCUCACAGCUUCCCACGUCACCCCCAACUCCAUCCAACUUGACUGGACCGUUCCCGAGGGCACCUUUGACUCUUUCACGGUGCAGUACAAGGACGCUCAAGGGCAACCCCAGGUGGUGCCUGUAGAUGGCGAGUCCCGCACCGUGACCGUGCCUAACCUGAUGCCCUCCCGACGCUACAAGUUCAACCUGUACGGGUUGUGGGGACGGAAACGCUUGGGUCCCAUCUCCACUGAUGCUGUCACAGGUCAGAUUACCCCACCAGAUGAACCUCCAUCACGGCCCCGCCUAGGCGAACUCAUGGCCUCCGACAUCACUCCAACCUCCAUCCAGCUCCAGUGGACUGUCCCCGAGGGCACCUUUGACUCCUUCACGGUGCAGUACAAGGAUGCCCAAGGGCAGCCUCAGGUGUUGCCCGUGGACGGCGAGUCCCGCACGGCGACCGUGCCCAACCUGGUACCCUCCCGACGCUACAAGUUCAACCUCUAUGGGAUGUGGAAGAGGAAACGUCUGGGCCCCAUCUCCACUGAUGCCAUCACAGCCCCACAAGAGGAGGAGGAGGAGGAACCUCCAUCCCGGCCCCACCUGGGUGACCUCACGGCCUCUCACAUCACCCCCAACUCCAUCCAACUUAACUGGACUGUCCCCAAGGGCACCUUUGACUCCUUCAUGGUGCAGUAUGAGGAUGAACAAGGGCAACCCCACGAGCUGCCUGUGGAUAGAGAGUCCCGCACGGUGACCGUGCCCGACCUGGUGCCCUCCCACCUCUACAAGUUCAACGUGUACGGGACGUGGCAGCAGAAAUAUGUUGGUCUUAUCUCCACUGAGGCCAUCACAGCCCCGGCCCCACCAGAGGAGGAACCUCCAUCCCCAUCCCAACUGGGCGAGCUCACGGUCUCCGAUGUCACCUCGGACUCUGUCCAGCUGGAAUGGACCGUCCCUGAGGGCACCUUUGACUCCUUCGUGGUUCAGUAUAGGGACGCGCAGGAUGAACCUCAGGUGGUGCCUGUGGACGGCGAGUCCAACACAGUGACCGUGUCUGGUCUGGUGCCCUCCCACUACUACAAGUUCAACCUCUAUGGGGUGUGGAGGCAGAAACGCCUGGGCCCCGUCUCCACUAAUGUUGUCACAG